AUUUUCGUUUUCAUUUCUGGUACGUAAGCAAUAGUAGCGCUUAGGUUUCGGUCUUCAGCAGCAAUAAAUUCACCGCGCGCCUCCUGCUUCGUUACUCGCUGCUGAUCCGGUGCUGAAGACAUGGCUCUUUCACAGUACUGUAGCGGCGCUCAGCCCGGGGACCUGAUCGAGAUCUUCCGCAGAGCGUAUCAGCACUGGGCCCUCUACGUCGGUGACAACGAAGUCAUUCAUUUGACUACUCCGGGUGACUCUGGAUAUAGGGCGGUGACGGGCGACCUCGUAGGCACGGUGGAGCGUCACAAGAUCUGGGAGGUCGUCCAUAACGACCGUUUCAAAGUCAACAACCAGUGGGAUUACAAGUGGGAGCCUCGGGAUCGCGGCGUCGUCGUGAGGGAGGCGUGCAGCAUGGAGGGAGAGAGGAUCGGGUACAGCGCCGUCAGCUUCAACUGCGAGCACUUUGUCACCUGGCUGCGGUACGGAAAGGAGGAGUCUCGACAGGUGCAGGUAACCACAGCGGCUGUGAUUGGAGGAGGAGUAGUGGCUGUUGGCCUCGUGGCUUUGGCCGCCGCUCUGUUUGGCAAUCUGCUCAAAGAUGAUGACGAGGAGGACGGAACAAGAGGAAGAAGAGAAAGAAGACAUCGUAGGAGACAGCAGUGA